AUGACCAACGGCAUGGAAGUUGAUGAUGAUCAAAACCUGCAUGCAGUAGAAGAUAUGGUGGCUGAUGAUGUUCCAAACCUUACUGGUUUUGAUGCUAUUGAGGAAGAAGAAGUGAUGGGUGUUGUUGAGAAAGGGAUCUGGAUUGGAAAUGAGCCCCAAAGUCUGCUUGAUGUGAAUGAUUCUUCGAUAUUCUACAAUGAUUUUCCUCUUCUUCCAGAUUUUCCAUGCAUGUCUUCCUCUUCAUCGUCUUCGUCUAAUCCGGCGCCAACGAAGCCGAUUGCGUCUUCUUCUUCUUCUUCAUCAGCAUCGUCGUCUUCGGCAGCUUCAUGGGCGGUCUUGAAGUCAGAAGCAGAAGAUGAUCACGACAAUCAUCACCACAACUACGGCUGUGAUCAGAUGGACGCACCACCGGCUGCGCUAUCCUCCACCGACUCCAUGGAGGCGUUACCUCCAAACGACGACGGAAUCGGAGAUAUCGAUUGCUUGGACGUGAUGGCGAAUUUUGGGUACAUGGAUCUGAUUGAUAGCAAUGAUUUUUUUGACCCAUCUUCAAUUUUCCAGAAUGAAAAUCCACUGGAAUUUCAACAAGAAGAAAAGAAGCCACAGAUAGAUCAAUCACAGCAAGACCCAUCACAGCAAUGUCCUCAGGAAAAUGAUGAACAAUACAUGUUACCGGACAAAAAAGAAGUUGAAGAAGAGAAAUCUGUAGAUGAACUGGGCCGUGUGUUCUUCGACUGGCUCAAGUCCAAUAGACAGUACAUUUCUGCCGAAGAUAUGAGGAAUAUAAAGCUAAAGCGUUCAACUAUAGAGAGUGCUUCUAAACGCUUGGGAGGUUCAAAGGAAGGUAAGAAACAGUUGUUAAAACUCAUUCUCGAAUGGGUGGAACAGUACCAAUUACAGAAGAAGCGGAUGAGAGAAGCAUCAUCCCAAUUUCCCUAUCAAUGUCGAGAAACUUUUCAAAACCCUAACCCUAACCCUAGCCCCGGCGCUAAUUUGAACUGUACUUCUGUUACUCCUGAUCCUAACAGUUGUUUCUCUCCCUCCCAGUGGAUGGCACCUCCGCCGCCUUACGUUUCAGACCCUACCACUGGUAUGGCGGCCUCGCAGGCGUAUUCUCCGAUGCUUGGAUAUGUUGGUGAUCCAUAUUCUAAUGGAGCUACUGUUCCUUCGAUGAGCCAAACAAUCAAUGGCCAUCCUUAUCCACCUUCAACAGAAUAUCAAAUGCUAGACUCUGCUCAAUCUUGGACUCCUUCGCAGCUUGCAAUGGCUUCUCAGUACAACCCAUUUCCGGAUAACAAUACCAAUCUCUCUCCAAACACUCCUCAUCCCCUAGCUUUGGCGGGUUAUGGCAAUCAAUACCCAUAUCAGGUUUAUAAUGCAACUGGUGAGAGAUUUGUGAGUCUGGGUUCUUCUGCAACUAAAGAGGCCAGGAAGAAGCGGAUGGCUCGGCAGAGACGGUUUUCGUCUCACCAUCAUAGGCAUCAUCAUAACCAUAACCACCAAAACCAUCCUCAAAAUCAGACUAAUGAGCAACAUGCCGGACUUGGGGGUGACAAUUGCACCAACACAAGUCAACCCAAUUCAGGCAAUUGGGCAUACUGGUCUUCUGCUGCUUACACUGCUGUUUCAGCAGUGCCUGUGAUGCUGCCUGGGGAUGCACAUGCACCUCAGCCACCUCCGAUGGAUCGGCCACCCAUGCAAGCAUCAAACCAUCAGCGGCCAUCCUUAUCGGAAAAGCGACAGGGCUGGAAACCCGAGAAGAACUUGAAAUUUCUGCUGCAGAAAGUGUUGAAGCAGAGUGAUGUUGGAGAUUUUGUUCGAGCAAAUGGACUCCAGGAGGGCGAUUUCAUAGUGCUGUACUCAGAUACUAAAUGUGGAAAAUAUUUGAUAAGAGGAGUCAAGGUAAGGCAACCAGGACCAAAAUCUGAAGGCAAGAAGCCAGCAAGGAGAAACUUGCGCAAUUCAUUCUCGACCGGGAAUGGCUCUUCCUCUUCACCCAUUAAACCACCAGUGAAUUAG